AUGAAAAGAGUGCACGAGGUGGAUAUUCCUCUACUCCUCCUGCUCUAUCAUCAUCCACUACGACGUCGUCUUCAUGGGAAUGGCGCGGCGGGGGGGAAGGUGGCGGCGGCGGCGAUGCAGCAGGAGGUGGUGGUGAGGCCUUACGUUCGGUCAAAGUCGCCGAGGCUGAGGGGCGACGCCGAAGAUGGUUCUGCAGAUUAUGGAUGUGAAGGACUCACCAUCUCCCACGUCAAGAGCCAUCUCCGGAGAAGCAGUGGAGUAGUAGCCAAGAGAAAUGCACAGCUUGGGUUGUACAACGGGCAACGUGACUAUCAUUGCUCCCAACGUCAACUAAUUACAUGGAUUAUGGCCCUGAUGAUCAUGAUCACCAGCUUCCCAAGAGGAGAGGAGGAGCAAGGGGAUAAGGCCCAUCACUAUGUGGCACAGAAAGCUUGCUUGGGGAGAAGGAGGAGGAGGAUGAAGAAGGCCCAAUGUUGCCCUGUCUCUGGGCUCGUUGGCUGGGACUAA